AUGCUGAUGAUCCUGGCCCUGCAAGUGUUUGCCCUCCUGCUGGCCAGCAACGUGUCCCAUCAGCCCCUUGGAGCGACAGCCCCUUGGAGCGACACAGCCCAUAUAAGACGGCUGUUUGAUCAGUCAUACAACCAGUAUGACCAUCAGUAUGACGUUCUUAGCAUCGACCCCUUGGAUGUCAUCAACCGGGUCUAUGGCACAGACCUGACCCACGCGCAGCUACAAAUCGUGUCCAAGUCUAAGAAGAGCACGGCCUCGUACUGGGACACGCUGAAGAUGUGCAGCUUCGCAGAGAUGUCACAUGGUGUUGACGGCAUCGCCUUCGGUGGGCAAGGAUUUCUGGGUAUCAAUUCUUUUGCUGCCUCCAUGCAGUUUGCGUGCGGGGAUGGGAACACGCUGGCGCAUGGAGGAGUUGAGGGGACAGAUCGACGAAUUCUGUUCGCUGACUGCAGAGCAGAAGUCCGCAGGAAGUCUUUGACCAUCUUGAGGGUUGUGGAACAGGCUCAGUCAGCGCUCACCAAUGAAAACAACGAAGUUCGGAAUCGAGGCAUCAUGGUGACCGUGGCAUGCGGACCGAACUUGACACUGACGCGGCCCGUCUCCGAUCCCCAGUCGAAGAGCUCCCUCAUCCAGUUCUACGGAGAUCGCUUGCAAGACGAGCCCUGCGUCAAGGAGGUUCUGCGAGGCCUCAAGCUCUUGAUAGAGUCCCUGGAUGGGCCUCUCAGCGAUGAUCUGAGGAGAGCAGCGACGCAUGCCGUCGUCGGCGUCUUGAAGUACGUGCACGUACAGUCUCUUGCCCUCAGUGACCGACACAAGGCGUUCGGGUUAGUGGAGGAGGCGCUGGGGAGGUUGGAGUUGCCCCUGAGCGAGCAGGAUGUGGAUGUUCUUGAGUGUUGGGUGCAAUGCAUGAACGGAGAGAGGGAUCCUAGGAACCUCUUGCUCUGCUUCAGGCUGAUCCCAAGGAUAGCUGCUAAGUUCCUCACGAACAAGGACAAGGCGGAGGAUUUCUUCAACGUGUUCUCCUGCUACUUCCCCAUCACCUUCACUCCUCCCCCGGACGACAAGGUUGGGAUCUCAGCAGACAUGCUGCGAGAAGCUCUGCUCGAGUGCAUGACCUGUCACUUCUUGCUCAUCCCCUUCUCCUUGGACCUUGCGCUGUCAAAGCUCGCGGAGGCUGAGUCGACAGGCUGCAGGUUGGACUCUCUCGACCUGCUUGCAACUCUCGCGACCAAGCAUGGAGUGCAGGGAUCCUUGGGACACGAUGGCUGCCAGCAGGUCUGGUCGUCCCUCCGCCUUCAGAUCGUAGACAGCAGCGAGCAGGAAGUCCAAGAACGAGCGCGGUCCUGCCUGCGGCAUAUUCUACGGAUCGCGGCAGAGGAGGUUGGGGACGAGAGGCAGGAAGCGACUGGCUCAAGUUGCCUGCACACCAUCAUGAAAACCUUGAAGAUGCAGACGACGGUCGACCUCAAGACCCCGCAGGAGCUCCGGAGCAGGAAAGGCCUCUCAACUGUCCUCUGCGCCGUUUCUGCUCAUCCCGUCUCGGCCAAGUUCGUCCUGCAUGACUCGCUGUACGCGUUGAGAGAUAUUGUGCUCGCUUCAGGCGGCGAGAGCGGCUUCGCUCGGAUGUAUGCUGCGCUCCAAGUCAUCCAUGAGAUCUUAUUGAGCUCGCGAUCCCUGUGGAUGUACAUGAAAGGCAGACCGGCUGCUGGGGGGAAGCAUCCCCUGUCAGAGGUGUCAAAGGAUACUUUUGACACGUUGACCUCUGUCUUCGUCCACGACUCCUUUGCAGGAGAGGAGUCGUCAAAGUUGAAGCAGACUUCCCUUCAGAGCAUCUGCGAGCUGAUCCCUGUCAUGGGCGGCGAAGACGAUGUCAGACGAGCCUUCGACAUGUUGGUCGGGGAAUUUGUUGCUCUCUGCCGCAGUCAGGAUGAGCGUCUGGUAUCGAUCAAGCGGCUGGUAUCUAGUUGUCUCGCCAUGAUGGAGGAGGAGGAUCACCCGGCUGCAAUCUCGACCUUGUCUGGUUUCACGGCUCUCUGUCUCAACGACGAUGCGCUAUGGGGCCACGGGCUGGAAGUCCUGCGGUCCUCGUUUGCUGUGAGUGUAAGAGUAGCGAGAGCAGCUCUUGACAUUCUCCUGGAGGCUCGGAGGAGGGAAGGGGUAGCCGGCAGGCAGAAGCUGAUCUUUCAGGGUCUGCUGUCUGUGAUUGACGCGGUCAGACUGAGGCACAACGGCGUCUCGCCUGGAGGUGGAGGAGAUGACGUGGCAGUCAAGGAGGAGUGUGUCUCCAUUGGCUCUCUCUUCGCCACCAAGAUUGUUCCCGAGCUAGUCGCAGAUCUCUCUUGCGAUCAGCUCCAAUCCUCCUCGUUUGCCGGCUGCUUCGAGCCGCUGGCUGGGAUGAUUCGCGCGACUCUGGAGCUCGUUGGUGAGGGGGGAGGUAGCAAGGAGUUGGUGUCGCUCCUGCUGGACAAGUACUCGACUCCGAUAGCUCCGUCGGGCUUUUCCUGCGAGCAGCUCAAGAUAAUUCAGUCUGUUUUCAUGUCGGCGGUCCAUGCAGACCUGCGAUUCUUGGAUGAAAGCAAGCGGGGGUUUGUGAGGAACUUGGCCGCAAGUUUGCUAGACGGGUUUGACUUCUCCCAAGAGGACCCGGGAGACUGCAGGAAGAGCAUCGUGGCGAGUGUGAUGAACAAGCUGGACGGCGAGGUUUUUGAGAGCAUGUAUCAGUUCAUAGUAGAGCAAACUCUCCUACCCAAAGUCAAGGAGGAAAAGUUUGCGUGGUCAGCCAACCAAUUCCUCGCAUGGAUCGCCAAGGCUCUGGUCUGCCGUGGGCACCCGAAAGGGCAAGUGAUUGUCGAAAUUUUCCGGGGCUAUCUGACCGAGAGCAACGAGGCCAAGUAUGGGGUCAUCGGGUAUCAGGUCUUGGGAUCGAGAGAUCUGGACAAAGACUUCUCGAAGCAGAACCACUUCAUCUGCAAGCCUCUGUGGAGGCAGAGGUUCUUCAGCCAGGAGUUCUUCUUGAUGGCGCUUGUUCAUCUCCUCCAUGGCACGCCCGUAGAGGCAGUCGCGCUCGAAGCUCCUCGAGUCAUCCCUCUCCUUGUCCAGGCGCUCAACUGCCCGGCCAAGGAGACGAAAGUUGCUGCCCUUGAACUUCUCUUCAGUUUCAUCGAUCAAGACUCGAAGCCGAACCCUGGCAGUGACAGCACGAGCUUCAUGGAGGGGCAGCUUUCUACGUUGAUCCAGGCGCUGCUGGACUGCUCCUCCUUCUCCGAGUCUCUGAUAGUCCGAUGCAGAGCGCUUGACUGUUUGUCACGAGUGCCCAAGAUCGCUUCAUACCACAAGGUUUAUCCGUUCCGAACGCAGGUGACGCGAGCAUUGGGGAAAGUCUUGAGUGAUCACAAGCGAUGCGUUCGACUACGAGGGGCAAACUGCAGAUCACCUCAAAGCCAUGGCAGGCCUUCGCUGGUGUCCGUAGUGGUGACCGAGCCUGGGGUUGAGAUGCUGCGGCUGGGGAAGGAUAGGAGCAUCUCCGACUACCUGGAGAGAGUCAAGGACCGCAGGGAGCUCAUCAGCCGCAAGUUCGGGUCCGACGGUCACGAGGUCAAGGUAGAGCAGAUCCGAAGCUCCAUGAGGUACCGCGAGUUCGAAAUGACGAAGCUGAGGUACCAGCACAACGUUGCGUCCGCUCUUAGGAAGGACGACAAGGAGUCGAGACAGCCCAGCUCGGGUCGAGCUGACUUCUCGUCCCUCCGCUACCACCGAGAGAGACGGAUCUCAUCGCAUCAUCCGCCUUCGUCCUCCUCGCCUUCCCGUGACCUCCCUCCUAGCACUGACCAGAUUCGCGAUCGAGUGGUGGGACUGCGCAAUGUCGGUCACUCGUCGUCUCUCAGUUUGUACUUUUCAGCCCGAGAUUCAGAAUGGAAGGGCAGAAACUCGAGAUUCAUGCAGUACAUGGAGAGCAAGCACAUGCUCUCAGAUCGAGGCGUUCAUAGGAACACCUCCCCCGACAUGUUUCUCCCGGAUAGCCUCCGUGACGACUUGGUUUCUGUGCGUGAUCUCUCAAUUUUCCCAGAUGAAUUUCAAAUCAACAAAGCGUCGCAGGCUGAGGAUUACUUCACCACCUCAUCGCGGCUGUCAGAGGAAGCAAGAUCUGUUUUCAACAAGUCACCCACGGACUUUGACAGAUCUCCCCGCCAUGUCCGAGACAGAUGGCCUGGCCCCCUCCUUCGCUUCAGAAGCAAGUCAGCCGAGCCUGCCCCAUUCCUAGGCCAGGCAGCUCGGCAGGAGCUGUACGAGCCUUUCCGCAAGACGUCGCAGACUAGUCAUGAUGCGACUUACGGGCCGAGGGCCGAGUCUCUUGCCCCCCCCAUCCCGAUCAAGGGGCGGCGCCAUGCCGGCUCGUACAAGUACAUCCUGACACACAGCCAGUCGUCGGCAGCUCGGAUGAAGCUGACCCACGAGCAAGGCCCCAGGCUAAACGACUUGAACCUCGCCAUGGCGUCAGAGUGCUCGUACAGCAUGGAGGACGCAGAUGCGACGGAUGCAAGUGGCGUGGGGAAGAUCAAAGUGGCCAUUGUCAAGAAAGACGAAGGGGAAGAAAACCAGCAACUGCAGUCAGCAGUGGGCCGAGACGAGGAGAUGGCGUUGGAGCGAUCGCAGUCAGUUCUUGGCGGUCCUCCGAGCUCGCCUCAAUUCUUGCUUGACUCUCUCUGGCACAGGCUCUGCCGCGAGAUCGUCGGAUCGCCCUUCUUCACCGGCAGCGGAUGGAACUAG